AUGACCAGGAAUCAGGAGUCGGCUGGAAUCAAGAAGCACGCCCAAGAAGCACGUAGAAAGAACACCAUGGUCCGCACGAGUCGUGUCGUCCCCAGAGGAUGGACAAAGUAUACAGAAAAGGGCAACGUGAUCCCGAACACACGCUUUUUUGUUUUCAAAACGCCACUCAAUUAUCAACUCUUGACGAAAGUCCCGAAGAAAUUUCACUGGACAACACUGCAUCUUAUGAGAAAGUUGGCAGAGACUGGUCAGAAAUUGGGACUCGUGAUUGACUUGACGGACACCACGCGUUAUUACGACAGAAAAGAAUUUGAAGGAGUUUGUGUUCAAUAUGAGAAGAUUUUCUGUCCGGGACGUGGAUUUGUUGAACGCGAUGAAGUGAUUGAACAAUUUUACUCGGCUAUUAAAAGAUUUACUUUGGCCAACGAGGAUGAAGAACUUUUGAUUGGAGUGCAUUGUACGCAUGGAGUGAAUCGAAGCGGUUAUUUAAUUUGCCGGUUUCUUAUUGAAAGGCUCGGAUGGUCAUCUCAUGAAGCAAUUGACGCGUUUGAAAAAGCUCGUGGAUAUCCAAUUGAGAAGGGUGCCUACGUACAGGCUUUACAUAAAGCGGCAAAAGAUGCUCGAAAUAAAAAAAUUGAAAAAUCUGGAAGUGAAGAUAGCGAGGUUUUAAAGAAAAGGAGAAAGAAAGAAAAAAGAAAGCAAAGAGAUGAUGGGGAGACUAAUGAUAUGAUACAACAAUUUCUUGGACAAUUGGGGCAACAUACAAACUCCGAGCAAAUCGGCACGAGCGCUAUGGACUCUCCGGCAGAUUUUGACAAUUCACCUGCUCCCCAAUCGUGGACUGAUUUAGUCGAUUUGCAAAGAGCACAAACGGCUGAAGAUGUAACUGAUAGCCCAAUGCUCGAUGAAUUCGAUGAUGAGCAAAAUGGUCCGGAAGAAAUGUCCAAUUCCAAGAAACGACGACUCCGGAAAAGAAAACAGGAAGAACUAUUGAAGGUGAUGAAACGAGGAAAUUUCCACGAAAUUCAAGAGAUGAUCAAUGCUCGAUAUGGAGACGGU